AAUUGGCCGAAUCCCCAUCAGAUUCUGCAAGGUCAACUCCCGGUCUCACUCCCGUCCAAAACCCCACGCACCCCAUUCAAUUCGGAUUCAAGAGCCUCAUUUUUUAACUGUUUCUUUGGCAAAUCUCUGUCAAAACUUUCAAAUCCGAAACAUUAGAAUAACCAUACUUGAGAUUCAAAAAACCCACAUCGCCUCAGGCAGAAGAAGCUCGGAUGAAGCUUCUCCUCCUCCUUCUCCUUCUUCUUUCACCGCUUCUUGUUCUGCUUCCUCUCUGUCAAAUUCUGCAACAAAAUAAUGCAAGCCUGUCAGUUCAGAUUUCUCCCACUUCACCUUGAGAUCUUCAUUGAGCUAUAGCGAGGAACUUACCUCUCUGUUUCUCUCUCCCCCCCACCCUCCUUCGCCCACUAUAAAUUCUUUUCUCUCCCCUCACUUUCUCUCUCUCUCUCGACCAUUUUUCUCAGCUUUAGCUUCAGCUUCAGCUUCGUUUCUUAGUGUGUGUUCUCUCUUUCUCUGUGUUCAUGUACUUCUGACAAUACAGUGAUAAAGCAGUUCACUUUUCUGACGGUGAAUUUAUGGGAAAAUCUUCCUUUGUGAUCUCCUUUUCCGUGCGCAUUCAGCAUUUUGCCAUAAAUGCUUCUUCUGUUUGAUAAGAACCCUUCACGAAAAGCGCUCAAUCUCUGUCUCUCCAACAAUUCCUGCCUUUUCUCAUAAACCCCACUCGAAAUCAAACCAAAGGACAGGGUUACUUCUCUUUGAGAAAGUCCCAUAUCUUCUCUCUCUCUCUCUCUCUCUCUCUCUCUCUCUCUCUCUACCCACUUGAAAAAGUUUCAAACUUCCUGCUGAAGAAGCUACCCAUCCCGCCAUGGAAAUAACCACCGUCAAUUUCCACCAUCGAAAGUCCUUCAAGAUGGACCCGCGCCCUCUGAUGCUCAAGGACUACUUGCGGGAUGACAUGAGCUCCUGCUCGUCCAACGGCUUCCAAACCUUCCCCCGCCGACAGUGCUGCUCCACCGUCCGGUUCCUCCUCGAGAUCGACCUCAAAGCGGCACCCUCGACCCCCUCGAAACGACGGCCGCGGACAAGCAGCCGGCGCUCUCCGGCGACGGCCUCCGUCCUGCAGAGAGCCUCCGUCAAGGUCCUCAACGCCAUGAAGCUCCUCCAGUUCCACUCCGCCGCCAAGUCCCCGUCGGGCGACGUGGCGAAGAAGAUCAAACCUCGCAGCCGCAAGGGGCUCCUGCCUCGGGGCCUCUCGCGGAAGCUGUGGAAGCGGAGCUUCUGGAGGAAACCGCACAGACGAGACGGCGGCUGCGGCGAGGAGGUCGGGCGGCGGAAGUCCAUCGAGAAGCGGCCGCCGACGCCCGGCCGCAAUGCCACGUCGGCGAUCGCGCCUCACCGGUUAUCCACGAGCUCCAGCAGCAGCAGCAACCUCCGGAACAGCAGCAGCUGGGACAACAGCGAGUUCACGGCGGAGUUGGCCCGUUCUCCGAGCGGCGACCCGGAGAGCUCCGGGCGACCAAACGAGGUCGUUUCGGAGGACAAGGGGUCGGCGCGGGGGGGACCGCACGAUGAGAAAGUCGGCGACAAAGUAGGCGCAACGCACGGCCAGGAUUCCAUCACAGCAACCCCCAACUGCUCUAAGCAAGAAUGGCCUAAUGAGGAGAAGGAGCAGUUCAGUCCGGUGUCUGUCCUGGACUGUCCAUUCAAGGAUGACGAGGACAUUGCUUCACCUUUUGAGUGGAGCCCCUCACGUAUUGGAGGUGCUAAACAAAAGCUCGAGCACAAGGCGCGCCGGUGCAGGACGCUUUCUCGGUUGAGGCCAGUCCAAUUGGAGAAAAGGAUCACUUUGUCGGAGCUCGAAGAUGAAGCUCCGGUGCAGUACUCGAGCUCGACCCCUAGUCCAAGUGUUUUUACCGAGGACCAAGGCAAAGAAAGCGAGAUCGAAGAGAAGAUUCGAGAGUUGCUCGAUGUCGCUGCGGGAAUUAAUCCAUCUUUCACCUCGAAAGUGGACAUUCUCCUGUUGGACUUCUUCAGAGAGAGGCUGGAGGAGGAGGAGGGUGCGAACAAGAUGGCGAUCAGAGGAUCGAACGAAUUCGAGAGCAAGCUACUGAAGGUAGCUGAGGGUUGGAUCAAUGGACAACCGCAAGAAGUGUUUUUAGGAUGGGAGGUUGAAGAUGGCAGGCAUGCUUACAUUAAGGAUAUGGAGAGGAGAGAGAGAUGGAGAAAUGUGGAUGAAGAAAAGAUGGAAGUUGCUUUGGACAUGGAGGUUGAGGUUUGGAGUUCAUUGAUGGAUGAAGUCUUGCUUGAUAUCUUUAGCUGAAUAAAUUAGGUUGAUUUUCCCCUUUUCUUUUUGGUUGGGAAGCAUUCAUGCUUCAUGAGGUAGACAAUUGAUGAGAGCAUUCACUAGUUCAAUUUUGAAGUCUUGAUUGGAAAGAGCUGAGAGCUCUCUCUUCUUUGUC